CAUUUUGUGUAUCACUUCAAACUCCCAAAUGAGCAGUUAAUGGGGAGAUAACAAGCCACGCAGUCAGAAUUUUGGCACCGACAGUUUUGAGUAAAGACUUAUAUUGCCAAACCCCUGCAGUGUUUGCUAACUGAUUUCGUAACUCCUCUCUGACUUCCUGGAGUUUUAAGUUUCGUUUUUUCAGCUUUUCCCCUGACUGACAGCAGCGAUGGCGACAGCGGCGUCUCCAGAGGAUAAGUUCUGUUGCUCAAUGUGUCUGGACCUCUUCACCGAGCCAGCGACUAUUCCGUGCGGACACAGCUUCUGUCUGGACUGUAUUGGGAGCUACUGGGACCUGAGUGACCAAACCGGCCUGUACAGCUGCCCCCAGUGCCGGGAGACCUUUAAUCCCAGACCUGUUCUGCGCAGAAGCAACGUCCUUAACGAAUUGGUAGAAGAACUGAAGAAAACGAGAACACCCGACUCGAAAAGGGGUUCCCCAGCUCCCGCUCCUGUCUCUGCUGAGUCCGGAGGCGUGCCUUGUGAUUUCUGCACCGGGGAGAUAAAGCGCGGAGCGGUCAGGUCGUGUUUGACGUGCCUCGGCUCGUACUGCGAAGCGCACCUGCAGCCACACUACGAGAACGCGGUGCUGAAGAGGCACGAGCUGGUGCAGCCUCUGAGAGACUUCGAGCAGAAGCUUUGCAAACUGCACCAGAGAUUGCUGGAGCUUUACUGCAGAACCGAUCGGAGCUGUAUCUGCGCGCUGUGCACUGGCACUGAUCAUUUGGACCAUUCCGUUGUCUCCAGUAAACGUGGGAGGGAGGAGAAACAGAAGGAGCUGGGGGAGAGACAGGUGGAAAUAGAAAAGCUAAUUGAAGAGAGACUGCACAAGCUGGAGAGACUGAAUCAGGCUCUGGAGUCGCUCAAGCUCUCAGCACAGAAGGAAAGGGCUGAAAGCGAGCAGGUCCUGUCUGAGCUGAUCCACUCCGUUGAGAGAAUCAGGAUGGAGGUGGGGGAGCUGAUUGGUGCUAAAGAGAAGGCUGCAGUGAGUCGGGCCGACGAGCAAAGAGAACAACUGGAGCAGGAGAUCCAGGAGCUGAGAAAGAGGAAGGCUGAGAUGGAGCAGCUUUCUGAGACAGAGGAUCACAUCCACUUUCUGCAGAGUUUCCAGUCUGUCUGUGCCCCUCCUGCUGCUCAGCAGCUCUUUGAUAACAUAGACGACUCUUUCUGGACUCUGAGGAAAGCUGUGACUCGACUCAAAGACCACCUCGAGGGAUUCUGGAAGAUUGAGCUCAUGAAAGCAACUAUGGCAGUUGACAUGACCCUGGACCCUGAUACAGCCCAGCCCUCUCUCAUCUUGUCUAAAGAUGGGAUGCAUGUCCGACAUGGAGAUAAGCAACAGGCCCUCUCUGACAAUCCAAGGAGAUUUGAUAGCAAAGUCUUUGUCCUGGGCAAGGAGGGCUUCACCUCAGGGAGACACUACUGGGAGGUGGAAGUGGGAGAGAAGAUAUGCUGGAGACUUGGAGUCACCGGAGAGUCUUCUCAGAGGAAAGGGAAUGUCACUGUGAACCCGCAGCAGAGUUUUUGGACUGUGCUACGGGAUGAUGAAAGCAACGACUUCUGUGCUGCGACUGACCCCGUGACCCCUCUUCCCAAGAACCUGAAGCCCCGGAAGCUGGGGGUGUAUCUGGAUUAUGAGGGAGGGCAGCUCUCCUUUUACAAUGUGGAGACCAGAUCUCUCAUCUACACUUUCACUGACACCUUCACUGAGAAACUAUAUCCAUUGUUUUCUCCUGGCCUUUAUUAUUCUGGUAAAAAUCCAGCCCCGUGUAUCAUCUGCCCACAUACAUACACAGAUUAAGAAGUAAUACUGUGCUGCUAAAACCCUUGCUAUCUUCUUCAAGGGUUUUAGCAGGGUUUGACCUCUGUAUGAUGUUUGAGAUUAUUUUGAAUGAUUCUUAUUACAAAUACAAGGUCUUCAGUUCUAGAUUCCUAGAUUUGACAUGUGUAACAUGCUAGAGCAUUGUCUUUAUAUUGUACGGGCAGCAGUGUGGAGUAGUGGUUAGGGCUCUGGACUCUUGACUGGAGGGUUGUGGGUUCAAUCCCAGGUGGGGGACACUGCUGCUGUACCCUUGAGCAAGGUACUUUACCUAGAUUGCUCCAGUAAAAACCCAACUGUAUAAAUGGGUAAUUGUAUGUAAAAAAUAAUGUGACAUCUGUAUAAUGUGAAAUAAUGUAUAAUGUGAUAUCUUGUAACAAUUGUAAGUCGCCCUGGAUAAGGACAUCUGCUAAGAAAUAAAUAUCUCAGUA